AUGUGGAGCUUUUUACCUGAAGGCCAUCCUGAUAGUUCCAUCGCUCUCACCAAUCUUGCAAUUUCCGAGUUCACUCGAUUUGGAGAGUUUGGAAGGACCGAGUACCUUCAGGAGGCCAUCAAGUUGCUCCAGGUUGCUCUCAAGCUUUGCCCUGAUGGGAGCGAAGACCUUGAGGAGGCCAUCGGGUUGGAACGAGCUGCUCUGGAACUCCGCCUCGAAGACCAUCCUGAUCGUUAUGCCUCUCUCAGUAGCCUUGCAACUUCUCUGUGCACUCGAUACGAACAGCAUGGAAGGAGCAAAGACCUUGAGGAGGCCAUCGAGUUGGAACAAGUUGCUCUGGUGCUUCACACUAAAGACCACCCUAAUCAAUCUAUUUCUCUCAGAAACCUAGCAACUUACCUGUGUACCAGAUACAAGCAGUAUGAGAUGAGUAAGGAUCUUGGAGGAGGCCAUCGAGCUAGACACGGCUGCUCUAGAGCUUCGACCCGAAGAACACCCGAUCGUCAUAUGUCUCUUGUUCCCCUGCUCACUCGAUUCGAGCAGUAUAGAAGCACCAAGGGGCUUGAGGAGGCCAUCGAGUCAGAAAGGGCUGCUCUAAAGCCUGGUAACCGUGAGAACAUUUUCGGGAUCACGCGAUAUAUAAACGCUUUAGAAACUUCUUACUCGAUGAUCCCAAAGCGCGCAGUUCUCGCUCUACCGUUUCUUUCCUCUGGCCAUCCCUUGGUCCGCUUCGCUACCUUCACGUUGUUUCUUGUUCUGAUUUCAGCUAUUGCUCUGAGCUAUAACUACUCUGAUUCCAACUCUGCUACUGUCGCAACUACCGAUAAUACUGAAGUGGGAGGUCAACGCUACCUUCACAUUACUCGCUCGACGGACCAACGACAGAAUCGAAAAAGGAAGGACAUAUCUCUGAAACUAGAAACUUUCUUCCGUGAUAUCAAGCAAGGAAUAAUAGAACUACGAAACCCGGAGAGUGACUUGCCUCUUCUCGUUAAAGGACAACUUUGCAUAGAUGGAUGGACUAUCGAACUUAACAUUUUCUUGAAAGAUAGAGCGAAGGCUUGGGCGUGGGUGGUAUCAGACGAGAUUUCUUACUUUCCGGAUGAGGUCUAUUCUAUUCUGUCCGGUUUUGCCCCUCCUAAACUCUUUACUUUCACAGGAGAACUGGAGCUCGUAGACUGGACUGUGCUUAAACGCUACUGCUCGCUAUUCUACGAAAAUGUAGGGAUGGAUGAUCCGGCUCUUGAACACUGCAAGUGCUUUGCGCAACCGGAGGAACAGGCGGAGAUCAAGGGUGAUAUUGAUUACAUUUCUACUGCUCUGGAACUUGUGCCGGGGCAUCCUAAUAGCUCUGUGGACAAUGUAGAAGAAGCUAUUGUGCUCGAACGAACCGCUCUGGACCGUUGCCCCAGAGGCCUCCCUAAUCGUUCCUUUUUUUUUCAUCUCAAUAACCUUGGAGCUUAUCUACACAGACGAUACGAAGAACAGAACAGAAUUAAAGACAUUGAGGAGGCUAUCGAAUUACAUCGUGCCGCCCUCGAGCUUCGCCCCGAAGGCCAUCCUUUUCGCUCUAUGUCACUCAACAACCUCGCGAGAUCCCUGCACACCCGCUACAAACGGUAUGGAAGGGCUGAGGAUGUUGGCGAGGCCAUUGAGCUGCUCCGAGCCGCCCUUGAGCUCUGUCCUGUGGGUAAUCCUGAUCGUUUUAUGUCUCUCAACCUCCUUGCAAUUUCCUUGCACGGCCAAUACGAACGGCAUGGAAGGACUGAGGAUUUUGAGGAGGCCAUCGAGCUGCUUCGAGCUGCUCUCAAUCUUUGCUCCGAAGGUCAUUCCCUUCGCUUCUGGACGCUCAGCAUCCUUGCGCUUUCCCUUACCACCAGAAAUGAGUGGCAUGGAAGGACUGAGGACGCUGAGGAGGCUAAAGAGUUAUACCGAUCCGCCCUCAAGUUACAUCCUGUAGACGACCCUGAUUAUUUUGAGUGUUUCGGCAGCCUUGUAGCUUCCCUGUGCUCCCGACAUCCAUGGCGCAGCAGGACUGAGGAUCUGAACAAGGACAUCGAGCUACACCGGGCCGCCCUCGAGCUUCGCUCCGAAAUCCACCCUGAACGUUCUACAUUUUUCGACAGCCCUGCAAAUUCCUUGCACACCCGAUAUCAGCAGCAUGGAAGGAUUGAGGACCUUAAUGAGGCCAUCAAACUGAACAGAGCCGCCCUCGACCUUCGUCCCGAAGGCCAUCCUGAUCGUUCCACGUCUCUCAGCAGUCUUGCACUCUCUUUACGCAACCGAUUUGAGCGCCAUGGACGGAUUGAAGACCUAAACGAGGCCAUCGAGCUACACCAAGCCUGCCUUGACGUUUGCCGUGAAGGCCAUCCUGGCCGUUCUAUAUCUCUCAUCGAAGUUGCGAUUUCACUGUCCAUUCGAUUCGAGCAGCUCGGGAAUCCUAAGGACCUUGAGGACGCCAUUGAAUUGGAACGAGCCGCCCUCGAGCUACGGUCUGAAGGCUAUCCUCGUCAGUUUGUGUCUCUCCAGGUCCUCGCAGCUUCGCUGCGCAUGCGAUAUGAGCAGCAUGGAAGGAUUGGGGACCUCGGGGAAGCUAUCGAGUUACAACGAGCCGCCCUUGAGCUUUACCCUGUGAAUGACCCUGACCGUCCAACGUAUCUCUGCAGCCUUGCAGUUUCCCUAUCUGUCCGAUAUGCACGGUAUGGAAGGACUGAAGACCUUGAGGAAGCCAUUGAAUUGAACCGAGCUGCCGUAGAGCUUUCCGAAGGCCAUCAUGAUUGUUCGAUGUGUCUCAACAACCUAGCGACUUCCCUGAAUAUUCGGUAUGAACGACACAGAAAGACAGAGGACCUCGAGGAAACAAUCGAGUUGCAUCGAGCUGCUCUGGAGCUUCGCCCCGAAGGCCAUCCUCAUCGUUAUAUGUCCCUUUUCAACCUUGCAACUGCCUUGUCCAGUCGAUAUUUGCUAUAUGAGAGGAUGGAAGUCCUAGAAAAAACCAUCGAGUUGAGCCGAGCCGCUCUGGAAUUUCUCUCCGAAGGCCAUCCUCAGCGUUCUGCCUCUCUAAUUGAUCUGGCAGGUUUCUUGAAUAUGCGAAUCAAGCAACGGUGGUGUGUGGAGGAGUAUGAAGAAUGCAUGCAACUACUGGAGCUCGGUACCGUCCAUGCAUUUUCAGGAGUAUCAGAUCGCCUUGCUGCAGCACGUACAUGGGAGUCACUUGCACGACUGCGCGAUCACAGCACAGCUUUUACAGCUUACAGGAUAGCAAUAUCGAUACUACAACACGCUCUCACUAUAAGUCCAACCCUCCAUGAACAACAUGAUUUCCUCAUCGAAAACAAUAAGCACAGCUUGCUCGCUUUGGAGGCCGCUUCCUAUGCAAUACAUAAAAAUGAAUUGGAACAAGCCAUUGAGAUACUUGAGCUGGGGAGGGGCUUUCUCUGGUCACAGUUACGCAGUUUCAGGACUCCUCUGGAUCAACUCACGCUGCAUUGA